CCCCCGUUGAAACCCCGCGUCUCGUGCUGCUCACGGAGUGUAGUGUAGUGUAGCGUGUGUAGUCUAGGAAACGACCUCGUCGCACUAUAAAAGACGACGGCGAUGCAUGCUCCCUUUCUCUUCACCAUCAAUCCAUUCCGCUUCUCCCUCAUAAAAUUGUAACCCCUUCCAUCCGCACCAUUGGGCAGGUCCCUGGUCGUACUAGAAAUCUCUCAUUGUUGUUCAUUCCCUCGACAAUCACCUAGACGCUUCACGACAAGAUGUUCUCGUCCUCAAACAUCCGCUCCUUCGCUGCUGCUUCGGCCGCCAUGCUGCUGGUCACUGGCGUCGCCGCCGCACCGGCGCCCCUCGCUCUCGCCAACGCUGGAACGUUUGUCGAUGAUGUGUCCCAAUGCCCGAUGCUCGCGCCGCGCGCCGCACCGCCUGCAAACAUUUCUGGUGUGUACUCAAUCGUUGUGCGGGAAGUUCACGAACCUUACUCACGCAUUCAAUUUUCCGUAGACGUACGAAUCGACGACAUCAAAGUCGUCAUGGCCUUGGGAGACAGCAUCACCGCCGCUUUCGGCGCCCGCGGCUCGAACUGGGGAGUUCCGUUCACCCAACUCGACGAAAACCGCGGCAUUUCCUUUGCCUCCGGCUCCGACGCCGGCGCCGUCUCCGUCUUCAACUUCGCCAAGCACUUCAACAACAAAGCGUACGGCGGAAGCUACGGCAACCACCUCGUUGAAGUGUGCUACGGCCAGUUGUGCCCCGUUUUCGAAUGGAGCCCCCAAGACGUGCUCAACGUCGCGCUGUCUGGCGCCAAGUUCGAGAACCUCGAUAAGGAAGUCAAUCACUUGAUUGAUAUCACCAGGAACAACAAGAACGUCGACCUCCAGAACGAUUGGAAAUACCUCAACCUCCUCAUCGGCGCCAACGACGUCUGUGGAUCAUGCACGACGCCGACCACAUCACAGCAGUACGAUGCUUACAUCCGAAAUGUGCUUGAGAAAGUCCGCAAGAACAUUCCUAGAACUAUCGUCAACGUCAUCUCGCUGUUCAAAGUUUCGCAGAUCUGGGAGCUCACGAAAAGGGACCCGCACUGCAUAGGCCUGCGAAUCGCUGGGUUGCAUCUGGAAUGCACAUGCGCUCUAUCGUUGGGGGACACUCUGCUCGGUGUGCACACCCGCAAGAUUAUGGACGACCAGAUCGAUGUGUGGAACGCGCAGCUGGUCAAGAUUGUGGCCGACUAUAAGAACAAGUACAACGACUUUGCCGUGAUUAUGGACCCUGGCGUCGGUGCCGCUGACUUGCGCAAGUUCCCCAAAAACUACAUCUCCGACCUCGACUGCUUCCACCCCAGCGCGGUCGCCCACGCCUACGUCGCCAAGUUCGUCUGGAACAAUCUCUUCCUGGAUUCCAGGAGCAAGGUCACUCCCAUGGACGCCGGCAAGGCGGUGCAAAUUUACUGCCCGACUGAGAACGAUCGCAUCCAGGUCGCUUGAGGCAUCAUGGUCUUGCAAGCAGAUUCUAGUUCCCGACGGUGCCAUGUAUGAUAGGAUCCCUAAUGCU